AGAAAGACAUUUGGAAGAAUUCCUGUGACCAAACAUUUCUUAGGAAAAUUACAAUACUAGUCAAAAGUGCCCCAGAACUGUUUACUUUCCUGCAUUCUUCAAAAUAUCUUCUUUUGUGAAGAUGUGAAUAGUGGUCAAGAAAUGUUUGGUGACAAGCAUUCUUCCAAAUAUCUUUCUCUGUGUUCAUCAGAACAAAUAAAUGUAUGCAGAUUUGGAUCAAAAUAGUGAGUAAAUGAUGACAGUAUUUGAACUGUCCCUUUGACUCAUCAUUGUGACUAGUUUAUUCAAAAUAACUAUCGAUUCUAGUACAGUUCUUAAAACAUUCAUGUAUUUUAUAUCACUAUUUUUAUAUAAAAUAAACCGUACAUAUGUAAGUCCAACAUUUCUGCAGAUGGAAAUAGCUGAGAUGGUAUUUCACCACAUCAACAUGAAAGAUGAAAAACUGUUUAUGUGACAUAAUUGCAGUCCCUGGAUUUUCCGGGAUAACUAAAUAUUUCCUGUCUUAUCUUACCACAGACAAGAAAUCUCGACAGGACGACUUUACAUAGAAACCCAGAUUCGUAACGAACAGACUCGUGUGGCUAUCAAAACAUUACACUAUGCGCUAUAGUUUAUACUUAUUGAACAGAGAUGAAACUUUGUAUCGGAGCAGAUGACACAAACGGACGUUCCUUCACUUCCUGAUGGCGAACAGGGAUCCCAUUUGGUGAGUUUUGCUGAAAUCUGCAGCGGUUUGUGCUAAAUGCAAUCGUUUAAUUCGGACAAAAGCACGAGGGGUCCGCUACUGGGUGGAAGACACGUAACGGGAAGUUUCGAGUCCAGUUUCAGGGAUUUACGGGAAGAGGCUGCAGAUGUUGCGCUGAGGAUCCGCCGCGGUUCGCUGAGUCCAGAACCGGAGAACAAAGAGCAAUGGCUCAAGAUGUCUUAUGAAACGGAGAAAACAUAUCUGCUGGCUCCACAGGAAUCUCGCACAUCAUGUGGAUUCCACACGGCUAAUGAGAAAUAUGAAAUCCCAGGAUUGGGGGAGGACAGUGUCUUGGAGAUGCUGAGCUACUCCAAAUUCACCGAUCUAGAGACAUGGUUGUGUAUGCCCUCGACGCUUCUGCCCAGGAGCCGAGAUUCGGUUUGCUCCCUGUUGCAGUUAAACCGUGACUGUGACGCUGGAGACACGGACAAAGAAUCCAGGCCCCUGGAGAAUGAGUCCAUCCAUCUGAGGAAAACCCACCUCUCGCCACCCUCCCCGAUCCUGCCAGUUUCAGCUUCCCCUCCGUCCACGGAGCCCCCGCGGACCACCUCAACUCCUCUGCCCAAGCCCACCGGAGACUCCUGUCAAGGCGGCGUUAGCGUGAGGAAACGGCGGCGCCUGGCAGCCAGCCCUGGAGGACUGCACUGGGACGCAUCAGGGUCAGUACUGCGUGACCAUGACCGAGGGGAGACGUCUUCACUUUCGGAAGUGAAGCGCUUUCCUAGGACUGUACAUUCAGAGAGACCCGUUCCCGAGCUGUGGAGGGAUAGAGCUGCUCUUAGGAAGACCAUAUCUGUCGAUGACUGUCUUCUGCAGCAGACGCCUAGAGAACAUCACAGACUCCUCAGCCGACUGGAGAGAGGCAAGAAGAAACUCAGGAACAUCCAUAGUGUUGGAGCCUCUGGCAGAUACGAAACCCAUAAAACCAGAUCUGACAGCAAGAUCUCCCGACUGGCUCAGAGACUCAACCAGAGGCAAAGCGAUGCUGCAUUGAUUAAGGAUUUCCGACCUCUCUUCCUCCUCACGUCAGGCAGCUCCCAGAGCCUGGACAGGAACUUCUCUAUUAGUAUGACGCAACAGAUGCAGAACCUGCAGCUUACCCAGAGCAAGAAGGGGGCGGGGCCUGCCUCCCCCAGCGCUGCCAAGCGUCUCUACCGGAACCUCUCGGAAAAGUUCAAAGGAAGCCACUCCUCAUUCGAGGAUGCAUACUUUUUUGGACGGUCGGACCGGAUCCGUAAAGUAUCUAACAUCCAGAGCAGCGAGCUCCUGUUCGAGGCGGUUGAGCAGCAGGAUCUGGACGGCGUGCAGAUCCUGCUGUUUCAGUACACGCCUGAUGAACUGGACCUCAACACCCCCAACAGCGAAGGCCUGACGCCGCUGGAUAUAGCCAUCAUGACCAACAACGUCCCCAUAGCCAAGCUGCUACUCAAAGCCGGAGGGAAGGAGAGCCCACACUUUGUCAGUCUCGAGAGCAGAGACGCCCACCUCUCAGCGCUGGUGCAGGAAGCCCAGAGGAGAGCCAGCGAGCUGUCCACCCAGGUGAUGAGAGAAAGCCUCAGCCUGGAAACAUCUGACAAAGAAAAACAGCUUAAAGACUGGGAGUGGAGAUGCAAGCUGUACAAGCGCAUGCGCACCGGGUUCGAACACGCACGGCCACCGGAGACUCCAUCAGCUGUGCGCCUGAGUGUGACGGGCAGCAUAUCGCUCACUGUUACCUUUCAGGAACCUGCCAGCAUGAACUCAGCUGUGGUGACCAAAUACAAAGUGGAAUGGAGCUGUCUGAAGGACUUCUCUUUAUUAGCCGGAGAGCUGAUCUUAGAGAAUCUGCAGUCCCAGAAGUGCACAAUAACGGGUCUCACCACGGGUAGACAGUACUACGUUCAAGUGUCCGCCUACAAUAUGAAGGGUUGGGGUCCAGCACAGCUGUCUCAGCCUCCCUCCGCAGUUCCCUCCAACUGGAAGGAUUGCGAUGGGAGAGAGUGCCGGAGAAGAGGUCACAUUGAGGCCAUGGAGAGGCUUUUACAGCAGGUUCGAGCCACACACCAGCACUACUGCUGUGGAGACACAUCCAAGCUGCAGAAUCCAAGUCGUAAACAAUCAGUGUCCCGAAGCCUGAAACAUCUUUUUCACUCUUCUAAUAAAUUUGUCAAGACUCUUAAAAGGGGAGUUUAUAUAGCGUCAGUAUUUUACCAUAAGGACAAUCUGCUAGUGACUAAUGAGGACCAAAUCCCCAUCGUGGAGGUGGACGAUUCAUACAGCAGCUCCCUCAUGCAGGACUUUCUGUGGUUUACCAAGCUGUCCUGUAUGUGGGAGGACGUCCGGUGGCUUAGACAGAGUUUGGCAGUCUCCACCUCUUCCUCUUCCACACUGCAAUCCAGACAGAAGAUGCUGGCGGCCGCUGGCCAGCUGCAGAACCUGCUUGGCACCCACAACUUGGGCAGAGUCCACUAUGAGCCCAUCAAAGAUCGCCAUGGCAACGUGCUGCUCGUAACUGUAAGGGAGAUGGACAGCCUCUAUUCGUUUUUUAAUGGGAAGUGGAUGCAAAUAUCCAAACUGCAGAGUCAGAGAAAGUCUCUUUCCACCCCCGAGGAACCCUAUGCCCUGGACAUACUCGUCAUCACAAUACAGGACAUUCUGGCCUAUCAGAGACGCAGUCAGCACCGGCUGUCGUCUGGUCUUUAUCUGGGUUACCUGAAGCUCUGCAGCUCGGUGGAUCAGAUCAAGGUUUUGGUUCCUCAACGAAUGCCCAACAUGCUCUGCCACACCAAGAUACGAGACAACUGGAAUGUCUCAAGGGAUGAGUGGGAAUGGCUGCAGUCUCUGUCUGGCCCUGUGGAGGUGGAAGGCACAGAGCAGACUACAGACUGCCUCCUUUACUCGGAGCUCCAGAUGGCUAUUAAGAGUCUGCUGCACCAGAUCAAUCUACCUCUCCACCAGGCCAAGCACUUCCGUCUCUACACACACGAGGUGCUGGAGCUGGGUCACAAUGUGUCCUUUCUUCUGCUGCUGCCCGCCUCAGACGACGUUUGCUCUGCCCCGGGACAGACCAACCCCUACACGCCACACUCGGGGUUCCUCAACCUCCCUCUUCAAAUGUUUGAGCUCGUUCACUUUUGUUCAUAUAAGGAAAAAUUCAUCAGCCUGUACUGUCGGCUCUCCUCUGUGCUGGACCUGGAUGCUCUGAUUACCCAGCAGGCCUUUAGAGAAGCCAUCACAGACUCAGAGGUCUCCACAGCCAAACAGAGGCACCAGCACAUAUUGGACUACAUUCAGCAAUUGGACGAGAUGUGGCGCGACGUCCGGUGGAUCACCAAUGCCCUGCAGUACGCCCGCUAUAAACAGUCUCUCGGUUGGGUGCCUAUUACCUGGCUGGUGGAUGUCAGCGUGGAACUACUUGUCCAGAAGAACGACUCCACAUCCUCUAACACAGACUACGUGCCCACCCCCUCCCCAUCUCCAGAAAUAAGAAGAAAGGGCACGAUUGAAUCCCAGCCAGGCUCUGAUGAGGAGGGCUGCUCGGAGGUCUUUCUCCCCACGGACAGCGACUAUGACUCCAGUGACGCCUUGAGCCCCCGUGAACUAGACCUGGUGUAUUCCUCAGCCCAGGAUCUCUCUCACCAAUCUGCACAUGUUCUCAGUGGCAGCGCUCCAGAUGUGCUUCAGAUGCAUGAUCUCAAAUACAGCGCGUGCUCAGAGUCCAUCCUGGAGACCGAUUCCUGCGCCAAGGACAUGGAGGACCUGUCGCUGUCCUCGUAUUCUGUAAAGUCCGGGGACAAACCGUCUAGCUGCAAGUUCCUGGCCGACCCCCCGACGAAACGCAAGCUGCUCUCCAAAAGCCAUCCUCAGAGGAGUUACUUCAGCGGGCCGCACCGCUGGCUACGCGUGCAAAGCGAGAGCCGCACUCCAUCGCUGUCUGAAGGCAUCUACACUAGACAGAGCGAUAUGGAGCUACCGCUGGAAUCGCCCCUGCCGCACUCUCCCACUACCUCCUACAGUUUGGACGAGUACAGGGCGACGUACAGGGAGAGCAAACCCAACGUCCGCAAGAUCUUCGUGGAGUCAUGCAGUGAGACUUCGCCCAGCAGAGACUGGGAGGAGAAGGUGACGACAGGGGCUACCGCAGGAGAGCCGGGAGCGGGAUAUGGCAAGGAAGCUCAGGACUUGGACUCAGACGAGCUUACGAACGAACAAGUGUCAGAGAUCCUCAGCAGCGCUCUUUAGAAGGGUUUGAUGCGCGUUCAUCUCACCACCUGUAUUGCCUCCAAAACUACCCCUCACCUCCAGCACUAUACUGUACAACACAAUACAGCUCACAGUUGUAGCGAGCGAAUCAAUUCGUGCGUCCUCUCUGUAGAACGUUCAGGAGGAUGUGAAGUUGCAGGUCAACUUUGUGGAACUCAUAAACCAUGGCUCUGACUGUUAAAAUGUUGAUUAUUAAUGCAACCUGAAUUAAAGCACUGCUUUUCCUCAGAACUUGAAAUUUCCUAAGACUGUAGAGCGCAGUAUUGACCGCCCGUAUGGUUUUGGAAGUGUAGUUUCUUCGUUCAUUUUCACCAUAGUGAUUUCUAAAAAAGAAGCUUUGAACCAGAUCCGUCAGCCCAGAUAUGCAUAACAAUUCCCAAUUGAAUUUGAAGCCAAAAAGCAGAAUGAUUUUAUUCACGGUUUAAUAAUAACCUUACAUUUACUUAAAGGGGUCAUAUGACACGGCUAAAACGAAUAUUAUCGUUAGUUUUAGAUGUAAUUUAAUGUGUAUACACGAUUUAAGGUUCAAAAACGCUGUAUUGUCCACAUACUGUGCAUGUUUGUAUCUCCUCUUUGCCCCGCCUCUCUGAAACGCAGGGAAUUUUUUACAAAGCUCAUCGCUCUGAAAAGCGAGGUGUGCUAUGAUUGGCCAGUUAACCAGUGCGCAGUGAUUGGUCGAAUACUGCAAGCUUGUGAUCGAAAUGUAACGCCUCUUAGCAUAUUUGAAAUAUCAGGUUCCUUAGCAGUUGUACCGACAGGUAGGCCCCUUAAUUACGUAUACAUUUGGGUGGUCUAAGUCAACUCAUACCACGAACUGAUGUAGAUUUGUGGGGGUGUGGUUACAUGAGGCGUUUCAGUCAGGUCUGGGUGAGCAUUCGCUUUUAGAUUGAAUGGAUCUUUUGUUCCGACACUUUAAUUUAUUGCAAUUUUUCGUGUCUAAUACAUGCAUGGGCAACAGACCAAAGACACAGAAAAACACGUAUCCGCGCCAUAUGACCUCUUUAAUAUAUAGAUAAAACUGUAUAUAGUAUAGAUUUUUUAAUGAUUUUGAAAAUCAAUCGAUCAUUUUAUUGGUUAAAAAACUAAACCUGUCAUUGAGCAAGAACAUAGACUGUUGUAAUGUCAAAUGUUUUUCAACACAUGAAAAUGAGAACCUAAAGAAAAUUGCAAUUUUAUAUUUCAAACAGAGGAGGUGAUAGAGAAUGAAAAAUUAUGGAUUGCAUUGCUAAAUAUUGUCACAAAAAGUUAAUUUCGCUAUGCAGAAAAUAAAUGGGAGUUUACUUCCAGAACUAUGCGGAUGCGCUCUAUUCUGGUGUUUUUAAGUGAAGGGUGGAGUUAGGUAACUUAGCAGUUGAAUUUCAGUUUGCAGUUGUAUGACAGGUGUAUGAUUUAGUUUCACUCACUUUAAAUGGUUUACUUUAUUAUUGAAGUAUAAACACAAUCCUGUCACAUUGCAUGUUUUUGGAGUUUUUAUCAGUGUUCAGAAACGACAGAUGUGUGAAAGACUGCAGUACGUUUUACGCUUGUCUUUACUUCCACAAAUGAGAGCCCUUCUAAAGUUCGUUUCAGGGAAAGAGGGUGUGAUAAUUGUUUCCAAACCACAGCAUACAACACAAUAACUGCUCUAUCAGAAAUCGUUUUAUUGAAUCGUGCAUUGUUUACCUUUUUAUGGCGGUUUGUGGUGUGCAAUUGUUCACGUUUGAAGAUUAAUUGUAAUGAAUUUGUUUCUGUUCUUAUUUAUGAUGGGUAACCCACUUUUCAUAAUGGAAAUGAAAACCACUUGUUUUACAGUCUAGUGUUGGUACUGAAUUUUUAAUUUGGAUGUGCAUCCCACACCUUUUACUAGAAUGAGGUAGUUUAAUUGCUGGAUUGUUUGAAUUGGACCACUUUUAACCUUUUGCAAAGAAAGAAGCAUCCUCAAAUGCUUUUUUUGCAAAUUUGUGCCACUUUAUAAAAAAGCGUAAGAAGGGUAUUUGGAUGAUUUGAAAUUAGAUUAUUCAUUUUACAUAAAAUUUACAUUAAUUAUUAAUCACAAUUCUUGUUGUGAGUAAAGUCAUAUAUAUUUGGUCACACAAUUCAUUUAAACUAGAUUAAAGUCAUUUUGCAAUUAUUUCUUCUCCCGAAAACAAAUCAGUGAAUGUGAAUGUAUUUAUUCACACUAAUCCGGAUGUAUACCAUUAUUAAGCAAAACCAUAUUUUUUCGAAUGAAAAGGGCAGCUUACGCAAGCAAAAUUGUGAAGUGUCUGUUGCUCUUAUAAGAAUUUGUUGAUGUUUGUAGUGCUUUUCUUCUUUGUAAACCAAUAUUUGCACAAAAUGUUCAUAGAUUUCCAAAAUAUGCCGCACCUGUACGUUUUUCACUGAAGGACAGUAUAAAUGUCAUCUUCCUGGUUAAAUGUACAGUGACGUCAGCUGGUGCUCAAAAUCCUGUGGGUUAAAUGCACUGCUCCGCGUGUGUGCCCAGUUCUUUAUGCAUCUAACACAACCCCAGUGAUGAAGCAUUAUACGACACCUUAUGUAUUCCAGAUAAACGAUUAAACUUUUUGCAAAUGGCAUUGAUGGUAUUAUUGUUAAAUUAUGAGUAUAUUUGUCUUGAUACCUUUAUACUGUGCACAUUGCAAGCCAAAACAAUUGAGAAGCAUCAUAUCUGUAUAUUUUUGCAUUAUGCAUUUAUUGAUCGAAAUAAUAUAUUUCAGUAUUGUAUUUUUGAUGGUUAGUCCCAUGUCAUAUACGUUUUGUUGUUUUGUAACUCGUUUGCUUUUUGUGAUUCCAUUUGAAUAUGACGCUGUGACAGAUGUGUUUUGAGUCAUAAAAGAAUAAAAACUCUGUAAAUAGUA